AACCAAUCAUGUGGCCGAGUUCUUUGACAGUCAAUUGACAUUUUAAUUUGACAGUGACGCCAAAAAAAGGUUAUGUGGCCUUUAAAUUUUUUUCUCUAAAAGCAAAAAGUAUUUCCUUUUGAGAAUCAUUUUUGCAAAAAACACAAUGGACACCGAAUUUUACAAUUUGCACAAAGCUCUUAGUUCUUACAAGACAUCCAUAAAGACAAGUUUGGACAAAAUUGACGAUAUCUUGUCGCAAGCUAUGAAUGAUUUUACCAGUUGUGACUACGCAAGUGGUCCAAACACCAAAAAAUACACAAUUUCGCUUGAAAUCGUUACACUGUUACCACAUUACAUUAGGAUUCUUAGCACUGUUGAGAAUUUAGCUGAUGGUUUAGCGACUAAAGUCUCUAACUUAGAGCGUAGUGUAGAACCUGAAAGAGAUGCUUGUAAUCCAUUCACUUCAGCACUUUUAAGCGAUUCAAAAGAAUGUGCAAUUUCUUCGUUUUUUCAUAAUUUAAAGGCAGAAAUUGCUGAACGAGACGACAGUUUGUCACCAGGGGUUGGUUCUGAUGUUAGUUCAGAUGCAGAAACGCUUGUGAGCCAACCCGUUUACGUGAAAAAUGAAAAUUUGGACAAUUACGGAAAAUUUAAUCUUCUUGAUGUUGCAUCUAAAAAAACAGUUUCAGAAAGUGAAUCUUCCACCUCUCCAGAACCUGAAAAUGUCACAGAUAGGGCAGAUAACGUUGCAAACAAUUCUGUGUUAGAGCAGUGUGAAACUGGUGCAAAAAGGAAGACAACUUUUGGAGGCAAAGAGGAGCCUCCAGUUCAAAAAAACGCCAAAACUGAUUAUCCCUCCCUUAUCAAAUUCUCCGAAGAUUUUGAUAAUGUCAGUUCAGAGGCAGAAACACUUGUGGACCAGCCUGUUUACGUAAAAAAUAAAGUUUUGAACGAUCACAGGAAAUUUAACCCUUUUUAUGUUGCUGCCAAAAAUCCAGAUUCAGAUCAAAACGCUUCAGGAAGUGAAAAUUCCAACUCUCUUGAGUCCCAUUAUGACACUGAUAGGCCAAUAGAAUUCAAUACAAAUAACGUUGCAAACAAUUCAGAGUUAGAUCAGCCUAAAACUGGUGCGAAAAAGAAGAAAACUGUAAGAAUCAAGGAGGAGCCUAUAGAGUUGUCUCCACUCCAGCUAACCCACGAAGACGCUGAAACUGAAUAUUCCGCUCUUACCAAACUUCUGGAAAUGUCGGUAUAUGACCGGCGUCGCGAAGCACAGAAAAAAUUUGAAAAAAAAGGCAUAAAACGAGAACUUCAGUGGACGACAGUCACCUCACCAUCACGUAAUUCUGAAAAAAAAUUUCGAGAAAAAAUCGCAAUUUUCGAUAUUCUUGAAGACGAGUUGCAAGUGGGUCAAAAGUGUGUUUUCAGUUAUAUUGUUUCGCCCUCGGAGUUUUAUGUCCACACGAAUCAAGAGUUGUUUGAAUUGCUUCAAAAUAGCUUGAAUGAGGAUAUGAAUAACCAACAUCAGUGGGUUGUCAACAAAUAUAAAUCAAAGGCCGAAGCGAGGACACACUUGGGCAAUUUUUGUUUUGCGUUUUUGCCCGAUAAGCGUAAAUGGUACCGAGUCGAAGUGCUUGAUUGGCUGAUGGAGGAUGAGACGCCGAACAUUUGCAUCCAGUUGAUUGAUUUCGGAGAGACGUGGUUUUUCCAAUAUGAGAUACUACUUCCAAUGACUGAAUUCUACUCUAUGUUUCCGAGAAUGGCAAUUAGAUGUCACUUUUCUGCGAUUUAUUCACCGGACUCAAACAGGUGGCCUCAAUCGAGUAUUGAAGCGUUGGAACAAAUGAGUGAAAUGGAAGAGAAAACUGAAUUCGUGACGAUUUUUGUUUACAAGGAGGGAAAUUCGUAUGGGGUUGAUUUGUUGAAUGAGGAGAAAUUCGGGAAGAAAACCUUGGGUCAGAUUUUGGUAGAAACCGAUCUUGCUGUCGAGGUCGAUAUUUCAGACGGAAUAGAAGCUUUAGAAGAUGACGACUUUGAAGAAUAUGAAAAUAUUAAUGAGGCCAUAAGUGGAUAUGACGCGAAAGAUGAAGCAAGACUUUGCCCCUUUACAAAUUCUUCAGGUCGCUGUUUUAAGGGUGCGCGAUGUAAACUGGAACAUGGAUUUUUGUCGGAAGAUGGCGUUACUACAGAUAAAAUUUUGACAAUGAAUCAAGCUCUCAGUGCGACACCUUUGCCUUCAAAAGGCCAAUAUAUCGAUGUUGUGAUCACAGGGUACAUAAAUACGUGCAAUUUCUAUGCUCAUAUCAUUACCAACCCGUGCAAGUCGUCCAAUUUUAAUUCAAACUUCCAGAGAUUGAGGGAAACGAUGAAUUCAAACAAUAAAGUCCACACUUACGAAACCUUUAAAUUAGAUCCAGGGCUUGGAGAAGUUGUUUUAGUCAAAGAAAACUCGGAAUGGUUUAGGGGGAUUUGCGUUGGUUUCUGUGAAAAUGACAUAAUCGAGGUUUUUUUCGUGGAUUUUGGUUGUAAAAGAGAGAAAAAAUUGAAAGAUCUGAGACAAAUGAAGGAAGAUCUUCUUUAUGUGCCAUUCCAAGCAGUUGAAUGUAUAUUAGAAGGGUGUCAGGAGAAGAAAGAUACUUCAAAAGAAGCCUCUCAAGCAUUUUUCGAGACUUGUAUGAAUUUAAAGACAUUUAAAGCUUUAGUUGUUGAUUCAGAUGAACCGUUGAGGCUACGUCUGUGGGACUUGAAUAAUAUGGAAAUGGGCUACGUUUUGAAAAUGUAUAAUUUAGGAGAGGAUCGCCAUGACGUUUUCCCAGUUAAAGAUUGUUACUUAAGCUGCGGUUGAAUUUUUUCCAUGUUAAGAACCUAUUCUAAUUAAUUUUUGUACUGAUGAUUUUACUUUUGAAUAAAUUUUAUUUUGGGA